AUGGAUGUUCUAACACAGCACAUUCAAGGGAAGGUGCUAUGGUGCAUGUUAUUCACUGAUGAUAUAGUAUUGAUUGACGAAAUGUGGGCCGGUGUUAGUGCAAGGUUGGAGGUCUGGAGACGAACAUUUGAGUCAAAAGGUUUCAAGUUGAACAUCACUAAAAUGGGGUACUUGGAAUGUAAAGUCAGCGGCAUGACUACGGAAGAGGAUGUGGAAGUGAGGCUAGAUUCACAAGUAAUUCCCAAGAAAGGGAGUUUUAAGUACCUUAGAUCUAUAAUUUCUAGUAAUGGAGAGAUAGACGAGGAUGUCACGCAUCAUAUCGGAACGGGAUAUAUGAAAUGA